AUGAUCAGAAGUUGGGCGUUUCUGAUGGCGGCGGCGAUGCCUACCUCGACGGCGACGGGCUUGUCCAAUCUGAAACCCAAGAGGCGUGAUCGGGCUUCCAUUUCUUGCACUGCUCGGGAAAGGAAACUUCCGGUUCUCCUCUUCGAUGUUAUGGACACCAUCGUCCGCGACCCAUUUUACCACGACGUUCCGGCCUUCUUCGGAAUGCCAAUGAAGGAACUACUAGAGUGCAAGCACCCGAUGGCGUGGAUCGAAUUUGAAAAGGGGCUGAUUCACGAGGAGGAGCUUUCAAGAAAGUUCUUCAUAGACGGGAGGGACUUUGAUUUGGAAGGGCUAAAGGAGUGCAUGAGAUCAGGCUACUCCUACUUAGAUGGGAUGCAGGAGCUUCUUCAAACUUUGGCAGCUGACAAGUUGGAGAUUCAUGCUUUCACCAAUUAUCCCAUCUGGUACGAAAUGAUCGAAGACAAGCUAAAGCUUUCGGCCUACUUAUCGUGGACCUUUUGUUCCUGUAAUGUUGGAAAGAGAAAGCCUGAUCCAGAGUUCUAUCUCAAGGUUGUGGAGCAUCUCGGAGUUGAACCUUGCGACUGUAUAUUCAUCGAUGACAGGCCAACCAACGUCAAGUGUGCUAUUGAGAUAGGGAUGCGUGGGUUAUGUUUUGAGAAUGCAGAUUCCCUCCUUAAGGAUCUCUCACGUCUAGGGAUCAACGUCUCUUUACCCAAAAUAUGA